AGAAGAACCGGCGGCGUUUCUUUUGCCCACCCUCGAACCGCCGCCUCUUCUCUUGCCGCCCUUACCCAAACCGCCGCCCCUUCUUUUUCCCAAACCAGAACCGGUUUCACAAGAACCGGGUCUGUCCAAUUCUGAAUACUCCGAUGAGAAACCGAACCUUAGUAAGUCCGACGAGAACUCAAUCUCCGGUUCAGAUGAAGGGAACCGGAAAAGGGCCGCAAGCUCCCGGUCCGGUUCGGAGAUGGACGAGCGAAAGCGGAGGCGAAUGAUCUCGAACCGCGAGUCGGCACGCCGGUCGCGGAUGAGAAAACAAAAGCACCUGGAGAACCUGAAGAACCAAGUGAACCGGCAGAGAGAGAUGAACCGGGUUCUCUUGGACCGGCUUCGGACCGCCACGGUCCAGUUCCAGCUAGUCGAGACGGAGAACAAACAGCUCGUGGCGGAGUCGUCGUUUCUCCGGCAAAGACUGUGGGACGUCCGGCAGGUUUUGAUGCUCCGGCAACUGCAACGGCCGCAGCUCUCUUCCUCCUCGUCAUCAUCUGCAUGGCCGUACAGUUACGACGUGGAACAACAAACAAUGUCAUCGUUAAUAACAUGAUGAUGACCAUAUAAACAAAUAAAUAUAUAUAAAUAUG